AUUAGCUCCCUUUCCUAUUUUUAUUAUUAUAACCCAGUUUUGAAAGGGGCCCUGAACCCUCUUUUUAUUUCAAGUGGAUUCGAGAGAAAGACGAAAAGACAGUAGAGGAAGGCAUGCAACAUUUUUCGCAAUGGCACCGAGCACAGUAACAGAACCAUUCGACGCAACGAAUCCAGAUCGGGUCCAACAACAGGCUGGUCCUUCUUCUUUGGUCGAUCGAUCACCAACUCCUCCUCCACCACCACUACCUCCGGCACCUGCUACAGAUAAUACUGGUGAUGAUAACCACAUACAACAACAAGACGCUGCAGGCAGUGGACCAUUACCAGCUCAACAACAGGAACAAACAACAACAACGCAAUCAACUUCUCCACCCAUUACUACAACCGAUGUUGAUAAUCCAGCACAUCCACUGCAUCGUCAUCGACGUGCCGUGGUUGACUUUGAGUACGGUCCCAUAUUAGGCGAAGGAAGCUAUUCAACUGUAUUGGUUGGAAAGGACAAAAAGACAGGCAAACAUUAUGCUGUCAAAAAGUUGGAUAAAGCGCAUAUUGUCAAAAAUGACAAGGUUAAAUAUGUUAUGAUUGAACGGGACGCUCUAAGUAAAAUGAACCAUCCGGGUAUUGUGCGUUUGUAUUGGACGUUUAAGGAUAACCGUAGUCUGUAUUACGUGCUCGAUCUGGCUAGAAAUGGUGAACUAUAUACCUAUAUUCGAAGACUUGCGCCUUUUGACAUGGAUACUGCACGGUUUUACGCUGCAGAAAUAUUGCUGGCCAUUGAACAUAUUCAUAGCAGAGGUGUCAUUCAUAGAGAUAUCAAACCUGAAAAUAUUUUGUUAGACGACAAUUUGCAUAUCAAGAUCACGGAUUUCGGCUCAGCAAAGAUUGUUCAGCCUGACGAUGCAUCGCAGAAAAGCGGCAGCACUGAUGGCAACGCCGGUCGUUCAAGAUCAUUUGUGGGUACAGCCGAAUAUGUUUCCCCUGAACUUUUACGAAGCGAACCAACACUACAAGAGGCAGACUUAUGGGCACUUGGCUGUGUGAUUUACCAAAUGCAUGCUGGUCGGUCACCAUUCAAAGCAGCCACCGACUAUCUAAUUUUCCAAAAAAUCAAAAACUUGGAUCUAUCUUUUCCAGAAGGUUUUCCAGAGGUGGCCAAAGACAUCGUGGAAAAGCUGCUGAUCCUGGAUCCAAAGGCACGGCUGGGAUCGGAAGUAACUGGCGGCAUCGAAGCGUUAAAAGCACAUGCAUACUUUGACGGCGUUGAUUGGGAUCAUAUCUGGGAAUCACAAGCGCCACCGCUAAAGGAACGGCUGGAUGCUAAAAUGAAAAAAAUACGACCACAGAACACGGACGGUGCUGUGGAUGAGAGUGAAUUUGAUAUAUGGUUUCGUGAGGAGGAUAGUGGAGGAGGAGUAGCAACAGCAGCAGAAGCACCAGUAGCAGCAGCAUAUCAAGCUGAUGUACCAACGAUAACAGGACCGUCAACCCCAGGACCAUCAUCAUCAACCGACCCAGUAUUGUCUGUACCCGCAACACCAACCACAGCUACGCAAGCAGUACCAGUAGCUUUAUCAACAUCAUCAGCAACAGUGGCCCAAAGACUGGAAGAGCCACAAAAUCCAUUUGGUGACCAUGCGGCAUCGCGUGGACUAGUAGACGAAGAUGAUAGCGAUGACGAUGAAGAAGAACAAUUGUACAAAUACUCGGGUGUUCGUGGGCCUGCGGCUGUUGCUGUGCGACGCUACCCAUCUGUUGCCAGGUCCAGUACACCACCUGAAGACAUUGCAUCCACAAGCUCGGCAGGUUUAGCACCUGGACAUUCGCGCAACUCGUCAUCCCACAGCUCGACUGCUCCUGAACGUCUUGGCGAGCAGUCGCAUCCCCCGUGGAUAGCGCAUUUAUACCCAAACGAGUCGAUCAUACGAGCAGGCCGUGUGUUUAGAAAACGUGGGUUCUUUUCAAAAAAGAGGUACUUGAUUCUGACGGAUCGGCCACGGCUGCUGUACCUUGAUGAAGGUACGGCAGAGGAUGGUUCAGGGGGUACACUACGAUGCGAAAUCAGUUGGACUGCAGAACUGUUGCCUGAAUUAAAAACCAAAUCGGUGUUUUGCAUACACACAACACAAAAAUUAUAUACGUUUGAAGAUCCAAAAAGUCAUGCCCAAGAUUGGGUCAAUACCAUCAAUUCCAUGCUAGUGGAUAGUUUUGGCGUAACUGCUUAAAUUUAUCAAAAUAAAAUUUGCUUUCCGGCCUUUGAUUAUAAGGAGACGAUG